UAUACAAAAGAAAAAUUCUCGUACGAGGGAUGUGUAACAACAUGGCUUGGAGCCCAUCAUCUCAUCCCAUCCAUGUAUCUUCAAAGCCAAGGCAUAGAUCAAAACAAACUAAACUUCAAAUCUACAGGCUUUGCAGGAAAAGGUGCGAAGAAGAUGUAAAGAAAGAGAUGGAACUAAUGAACUUGAAGCUGUAUUUGGAGAACAGAAGCAUCAUUGAGGAGAAUGAGAAGUUGAGGAAGAAAGCCAGUGUUCUACAUCGAGAGAAUUUAGCCUUAAUGUGUGAGCUUCAGACCAAAUUUCCUCAUUUGGAUCGCUUUUCUACCACCCUUUUGCUUCUUCUUCAAAACCACUGAUCAAGUCUGCAGAAGCAAUUAUCCAUAUCUAUCUUUUCUUAUUCAAU